AAUUGGGGUUGUUUAUGAGCUUAGAGCAAACAUCCAUCACUGUAAAAAAAAAAAAAAAACCAACCAAACUGUCAUGGAUUGAACUCUGUUCCCCCAAAAUAUGUGUCAAUUCAGUUAGGCCAUGAUUCCUAUUAUUGUGUGGUUGUCCUCCAUUUUGUGAUUUCCUAUGUGUUAUAAAUCAUAAUCUCUGCCUGUGGUUGAAAAGGGUUAAGGUGGGAUGUAACACCGUUGCUCAGGCUACAUCCCUGAUCCAGUGUAAAGGGAGUUUCCCUGGGGUGUGGCCUGCACUACCUUUUAUUUUACAAGAGAGAAAAGGGAGGCAAGCAGACAGUUGGGGACUUCAUGCCACCAAGAAAGACGCACCAGGAGCAAUGCGCUUUAGACCCGGGGUUCCUGCUUGGAGAAGCUCCUAGUCCAGGGGAAGAUUGAUGAGAAGGACCUUCCUCCAGAGUCAAUAGAGACAGAAAGCCUUUCCCUGGAGCUGACCCCUGAAUUUGGACUUCGAUUACUAGACUGUGAGAAAAUAAAUUUCUCUUUGUUAAAGCCAUCCACUUGUGUUGUUACAGUCGUGCUAGGUGAUUAAAACAAAAACCCACUGCGUGGAGUCCGUUCCUAUUCAUAGCCACCCUAUAGGGACAGACUAGAACUGCCUCAUAGGGUUUCUUUCCAAGCUGUCAUCUUUAGGAAAGCAGACUGCCACAUCUUUCUCCCGCAGAGCGACUGGCUGGUGCUUUAACCACUACGCCACCAGGGCUAUUUUAUCAUUUAUUGAUGCUUUUCUUUCCGUAGUUCUGAUCACCGAAGGCAAAAUGGAAACACAGAAGGGGAGGGAAAAGAAAAUAAAGCUCCAAAGGGAACCAAGCUCCAGGUCUUUCCUCCUGCGGUCCCUUUAAGAGAAGACUCUUGGGACAGGCAGUCCCAACCGACCCCAGUUUUAACCGAAACCUAACCCGGACUUCCCCUUCUUGACUCAAAUAAGACCAAUUUUGGAUUUUCCCUCUCCUAUUGACCAAUCAGAUUCUGUUGCCAGGCAGACUUUUGCUGCCGCUAGUGCGAGCCGGGCGCCUUCUGUCUCCGGGUGGCAGCAACGACCAAUGAUAGAGCAGGCUGCCCGUGUAUCUAGGCAGAUUGGGGCUGUUACAACCAUUCAGAAAAAAGAAAAAGCAACGCACGAGCCCGCGGGGCCAGGACCGUGGGGCUGGGCUGGAGUGAAGGUGGCUACGAGCCCUCAUGCUGGGAUGGCAGAAGAUGAGCCUGAUGCUAAGAGCCCAAAGACUGGGGGAAGGGCCCCCCCGGGUCAUGCCGAGGCUGGCGAACCCACCACCCUUCUUCAGAGGCUCGGAGGCACCAUUUCCAAGGCCGUGCAAAACAAAGUGGAGGGAAUUCUGCAAGAUGUACAGAAAUUCUCAGACAACGACAAGCUGUAUCUCUACCUUCAGCUCCCCUCAGGGCCCAGCACUGGAGACAAAAGCUCAGAGCCAAGUACACUCAGCAAUGAGGAGUACAUGUACGCCUAUAGGUGGAUCCGCAACCACCUAGAAGAGCACACCGACACCUGUCUGCCAAAGCAAAGCGUUUAUGAUGCCUAUCGGAAGUACUGUGAGAGCCUCGCCUGUUGCCGCCCACUCAGCACAGCCAACUUUGGCAAAAUUAUCAGAGAGAUUUUCCCUGACAUCAAGGCCCGAAGGCUUGGUGGCCGGGGCCAGUCCAAAUACUGCUACAGUGGCAUACGAAGAAAGACCUUGGUAUCUAUGCCACCCCUGCCUGGACUUGACCUGAAAGAUUCUGAGAGUCCAGAAAUGGGCCCAGAAGUAACCCCGGCACCUCGGGAUGAACUGGUGGAGGCAGCCUGCGCCUUGACCUGUGACUGGGCAGAGCGAAUUCUGAAACGGUCCUUCAGUUCCAUUGUAGAGGUCGCCCGUUUCCUACUACAGCAGCAUCUCAUCUCUGCCCGAUCUGCACACGCCCAUGUGCUCAAGGCCAUGGGGCUUGCUGAAGAGGAUGAACAUGGUCCUCGGGAACGAUCAUCUAAAUCCAAGAAUGGUGUAGAGAACCUGGAGGGUGGAGCCCGUAAGAAACCUGAGAGACCAACCCAGCCUCCCAAGGAGCUAGAACCCCGGGCUGGGGCUGGCACCUCAGUGCGUGGAGAGCGGAAGAAGAAUGUAGUAGAGACCCCGGCCCCAGCAGCCAAUAACCCACAGGUUAACGCCCUGGUGGCCCGGCUACCGCUGCUCCUCCCCCGGACCCCUCGCUCACAUCUUCAGCCAGUCCAAGUCUCUCCACCCAUCCUGGCCCCCAAGCUUUCUUCAGGCCCCUUGAAAGUGACUACGCUGCCUCUGCCCAGUAGGGGUGGGGGACCUCAGACAACUGUGCCCAUCAUUAACAUGAUCUUACCAACUGUUCCUGCUUUGCCUGGGCCUGGGCGAGCUCCAUCUGUGGGUCUCACUCAGCCCCGGCGCACAGAGAACAGGGAGGUAGGUAUAGGGGGUGACCCGGGACCCCAGCACAAGGGUGUCAAGAGGACAGCUGAAACACCUGUGAGUGAGGCCAGUGGGCAGAACCCGCCAGCUAAAGCAGCAAAGCAGGAUAUAGAGGAUACAGGAACUGAUGCUAAAAGAAAACGGGGGCGCCCUCGAAAGAAAUCAGGCGGAAGCAGGGAAAGGAAUUCUGCCCCUGAGAAAUCGGCAGCUGCCAUGGACUCUGCUCAGCCCUCAAGGUUAACCCUGGAGACUUGGGGCUCUGGAAGGGAAAGCAACUCAGCUGGAUGGUCAGAGAGGCCAGGGCUGAUGGGAGAGGCUGAGAAGGGGACAGUGCUCGCCCAGGGUCAGGAAGAUGGUGCUGUUUCCAAAGGAGUAAGGGGCUCCAGUUCUCGGCAUGCCAAAGAAGCAGAAGAUAAAAUUCUUGUCACCCCUAAAGUGAGUGUCAUCAAGGGCAGUAGAAACCAAAAGGAGGCUGUUCAGUUGGUAAAAGGAGAGGUAGCAACUACAGCACAGGGUAAUAAAGACUUCAAGGGGCUUGUGCUUCAAACUUCUUCACCCCAUGAGCAUAAAGAUCCCAAAGCAGUACCCCCGUGAUCAGUGGGGAAGAGUGUUUCUAUACGUAACGUCACUUCUGUCUGCCUAGUAGAGCCCUUGUUGCACUUGCUUCUCAUUUAGCUAAUCUUUCCUUAAGGGAGUCUGUUCUCUGGAUAGACAGCUGAGUCGCCUAGUCUUACCUACUGCCUAGUUCCUGCCUCUGACCCUUCCAGCUUGAUACCCUUGCCUUUAGCAUCACCAAUAAAUCUGUAGUGACCUUACCUGGAUCCCUGUGCUAUCCUGUGGGAAGAUAGGGAUAGGGUAAGUAUGAUGAAUUAGGAAUAAUUUGGUUUUAAAUCAUAGAAAACCUAACUGAGACUGGCUUAAAAAAUAAAAAGGAUUUAUUGGCUUAAGUAACUGUAAAGUGCAGAGGUACGGCUAGCUUCAGGUAAAGCUUGAUCCAGUGGCUCAGUAUGUCUUUAAACACCGGAUUUAUUUUAUUCCCUCUGUUCCACCUUCUGUAGGAUCAUCUUAAGGCUGGGUCACCUCAUGGCUGCCAGCACUCCUAGAGUUACAUGUUUCUUCAUUUAUGUCUAACCAGAAAGAGUGGGCAUCUUUUUGCCAGGAACCCUAGCAAAAGCCCAAAGAUUCUCUCUCAUCAGGCUAGCCUGGGUCACAAGUCCAUCCCUAACCAAUCACUGUGGCCUGAGAAUGGCACAUGGUAAUUUGCUUACUCUACAUUGUCCAAAAAAACCCAAACCCAAACCCAGUGCUGUCGAGUCAAUUCUGACUCAUAGCAACCCUGUAGGACAGGGUAGAACUGCCCCAUAGAGUUUCCAAGGAGCGCCUGGUGGAUUCGAACUGCCGACACUUUGGUUAGCAGCCGUAGCACUUAACCACUAUGCCACCAGGGUGUCCCUCUACAUCAUAGACUACGCCUUUCUUAAAAAAGACCAGCCUCUCCAGAAUCACAUAGAUCCCCAAAUGGCAACUGUGAGGGGGAGUUGCUGAGGAGGCUACUACUAUGAGUACAUGUGACCAGCCAGACCUGCCUCCUUUUUUCAUCAUAGUGUUCUAUUCCCCUUAGUACAGUUGUGACCUCUUUCCUCAUUAUAGUCUCAGAAGGAACAGAAGGGAAUUCAUUCUCCUUUAGGGACUUUCUCUUCACCUUAUUAAGAUGACAAUCCUUUUUUUCACCUACAUUCUCAGAGAUGGAGCUGCUUCCUUUUCCUGUUUCUGAAUUUUAGUUUUCUCAUUACUGUUAUCCCCUACCCUACGGCCACUUUCACCAAGAAAAGCAAAAGAUUGCCUGGUUGUUUCAUUAAAUUCAUUCUGUAUCCACCAGAUGUCAGUGUCUUGUCAUCCAUGUGUCAGGAUUUAGGAUUGUGGGGUUUAGGCUAGAAUCUGGAUGUAUGGAAGGAAGCAGCUCCACGUAUCAGGGAGCUCCAAUGGGGAAAGAAUACAGACCCUGGAAAUUUGUCCUUGAGAAAUGCAGUAAACCAAUAUUUAUUGAGGAUCUACUUUGUCUUCUGCAUAGAGUAGUUUCUGUCAGGGAAUCUUGGUUUUACCAAGAAAUAGAGAUUUUCUUUCAGGGAGACUUCAUUUGUUCACUUAUUUCCACUUCAGCAGAUUUCUAAAAAAUAUAACAUUUGAUAUAUAUAAAGAAUAUAUGUGACAUAAAUUAUGAAGCCUAAUGAUAAAAUGAAUACCUAUGACUUAUCACCCAACUUACACAUUAAAACAUUUAAAAAUACCCCAUUGAAUUUAUUUGUGUUCCUCCCCAUCCUGUCCCCUUGCCUCUUCCCUAGAGUUACUGUCCUUAAUUUUGUGUGUAUUACCUGAUACAUAUUUAGCCAUAUAUGUAUAUAUUAAAUAUUGUUCUUUGCUUUACAAAAAUGUCACAUUAUUCUAAAGUUCAUGUUGUAGAUACCUAUGAUUUCUUUUCAUCUGUAUAAUAUUCCAUCAAGUACAUAAACCACAAGGUGUUUAUCCAUUUGCUUACCAAUUGAUACCUGGGUUGUUUCCAGUUUUUUGCUAUUACAAACAAUGCUGCUAUGAACAUUCUUGUACAUUAGUGCCUUUGUUUUUAGUAAUAUUUCUAAAAAGGUUUCUAAGAUGGUUCUUUUGGUGUGUUUACACUCUGAAUUGGGGCCUAUUCCCUCUUACUCUCUGAAGAGUUUAUAUCAGAUGGAAAUGAAGUAUUCCUUCAAAGUUUGGUAAAAGUCACCUGUAAAGCUGUCUGAGCCUGGUAUUUCUUUGUGGAAAAAAAUUAUAAAUAUUCAACUUA